AUGACACAGUAUUUACCACCAAAUUUGCUAGCAUUGUUUGCAGCGAGGGAUCCGAUUCCGUAUUUGCCUCCGGCCGAUAAAUUGGGCCACGAAAAGAAAAGACUUUCUUAUGGUGGAAUUGCAAGCUUGGUGAAUGAAUUUGAGGACCCUAAAGAUACUCCACCUCCAACACGAGUUGAAACUAAAGAUGAAAGAAAAGAACGAAAGAGAAAAGAAAGGGCUGAAGCACAUGCAUAUAAAUUAGAACAAGAUCUUGCUCUUUGGGACCCCACUGGUCAGCAUGCUGGGUAUUCAGAUGCAUUUAAAAGUUUAUUCGUUGCAAGAGUUGUAAGUUUCAUUUCUUUUCUAUUGUACAUGAAAUAUGAUUAG